UUCCUGGAGGGGGGCGCGUCUGUUUCAGCGAAGCGGGUAUUAAUUUCAAACCUAAAUAGUCCGAGACGAGUUAGGAGUUAUUUUACCGCGCUUCGUCCUGGAAAUUAAAUUUAGACCACAAGCUUUAAUUUAUUCCGUAUUUGAAGGAAACUGCUUUUAACUAAUUCAACGAAAGAAAAACAAAACAACAAAAAAAGAAAACGUCACGCUGCGUUUUCGCUCCAAAUUUUCGCGCCUGGUUCAUCAGCGUUAUUGUUGUUUAUAUUGUUGUUAUUGUCGGACAACUCGACGCUUCUUCAUUUGCAGGACGUGACCACAACGGAUUGGGUACCGCAUUUAAAAAAAACUCCACCGUAUUUUAAUUCCAUAUAUUUGACAUAAAAAGCAGUUUCAGUGAGAAACAUGCCGAGGUCUAAUAGGCAAAAGGAAUACAAACCUGGAGAUUUGGUGUUUGCUAAAAUGAAGGGGUAUCCACACUGGCCUGCAAGGAUCGAUGAGUUACCUGAAGGAGCCGUGAAGUCUCCCUCGAACAAAUACCAGGUGUUCUUUUUUGGGACGCACGAGACAGCAUUUUUGGGGGCCAAGGACUUGUUCCCGUACGAUGAAAGCAAGGAGAAGUUUGGAAAAGCGAACAAGAGGAAAGGCUUUACUGAGGGACUCUGGGAGAUCGAGAACAAUCCCACUGUCACUCAUGAAGACUAUGAGUCGUCAAAGAAGGAGAAUUCAGAAGGAGCCGGAGACACGGGCAGCUUGGAGAAAGAGAACGCCGAGGGCAGCAGCGACGAGGACGAGGGGGCCCUGGUGAUUGACGAGAAGAACGAGAGGGGAGGGACUAAACGAAAAGUAGAGGAGUCCGCCGAGGCGCCCCCCAAACGGCCAAAGGAUACGGGGGCAGAAGGCGACAGCAACAAGUCCAACACGGAGGCCAAGCUGAAUGAUGUGGCUGGAAGCAAGGAAAAAACGCCUUCCUCACAGAGCGAGUCCAAACCAGAGGAAAAGGCUCCUGAAGGAGCUCCGCUAACAGCAGAGAAGUCUGCGACAGACAGCGCCUAACAUCAGCUCAGAAGAAAACCGAGAACCCUCAAUGAAUGCUUUUGUCUGGAAAUAAAGCAUUGACACGAUUACCUACAGGAUGCCAGAUUUCAGCUGUUUAACAAAUUUGAGAAUUUAAGGGAAAACAAUGUUUAGAAUGAACAACAAAAUUUCAAUGGCCAUUUUUGGGAUAUUAUAUAUCCCAGAGGAAAAAAAAGAAUUGCUAAACUGACUUCAAACAACUAAACAGAGCUCUUUCAGGCUCAUGUAUAAACGGGAUUUGGGUGUUUAUAUAUUUUUUAUUUCUAAGUGCAAUUACAUAAUUACAAGGACUGAAUGAUAGGUGUCGAGACAUUUUUUCCAGUUGGAGUGAAUAAAUAAUAUAUACUACAUAUUAAAAAAGAACAUUUAAAUCGCUAAUAAAAAAAAUAGUCCCAUUUGAAGGUUGCAAAUCAAAGAAAUUGUACGAGGAAAGCAUCAAUUUUUGCCACCACUCUUGAGCUUUAGUUCCGUGUUCUUAGCCUCGUUCAGUCUUUUAUUCAGUCAUUGGAUGUGUGGUGAGUUGCAUUUUCAGCCCCUUUUCUCAGUCGUCUUCUAGUUUGCUUUUUCUGCGACAUGUUUUGUUCUUGGUGCGUACGCUUUACUGGUGGUGACCAAACUGCACGAUCUCAAAUAUGGACGAACACAUUAAAUCUCAUUUAUAACCUGUAAACUGCUCUGUAACGCUUUAAUUGAUGAUGAUGGACGUGGUUGGAAGCAGAAAGACAUUCCUAAAUGUUGCGCCUCGAUCUUUUAACGUCAAGGUGGAGCAGUGCUGAUCGCUGCGAGAGAAAAGGUGUUCUUUUACCUUUUUUCAUCUGGGCAUCACAAAUAAAUCUCACAACUGUCAAGUCCACCUACAACUUCUUGUAAUGUUAAGGUCACAGUUGUUGAAAUUUAAGAGUUGAGGUUUCAUGUUAAAAUAAUCCCCUCUAACUGGAUUUUGAGUCGUUUUACUUUAGAGAGCUUGUCUUUUUCUUUUUUUACUUUGAAAGAAAGUUGUGAAAGUCCUUUCAUUGCUUCAGUGUUUUUUCAUGUUUUGUAAUGUUAAGUCAUGAAACAAAGGGAAAGACUGCGUUAAAAAAAGAAUAUUAGUAAUCACUCUAGGUGUUGUGUUAAGAUGGCCGCCUUUCUUUCGGCACACCACUAAAUGUCAAAAUGUUCAAGGCACCACUUGGAGGUUUGGAGUUAAUUUCAAGUGUUUAAUUUUGUUUGCAAGUGUAAAUUUAGAUUUUGCUUUCUCUGUUCUCUUCAAAAGCUGACAUUCAUCCUAAUCUGCUGCUUAGUUUACCAUUGUAGUUGCCAGUUGAUUUAAUAAACAUGUUGAUUACCAAAAA